GUCAUGACCCCGCCCGAAUGAUAGGGUACAUUCCAACAUGGUCGGCAGUAGCCAAUAAUUUUGUGAACUCCACGAAAAGUUUGUAAUAAACUCUUAAGAUGUCUUCUCACGAGGUGAAACUUCACAUAUAUGACCUUUCUAGGGGCUUGGCAAAGUCUAUGUCUAUGGCCUUUCUUGGAAAGCAACUGGACGGCAUAUGGCACACUGGCAUCGUCGUAUAUGACAAAGAAUAUUUUUACGGAGGUGCAGGAAUACAGCAAUGUGAACCUGGCACAACGAUUCUUGGAGCACCAGAGCAAGUAGUUUCGCUUGGGUCAACUGACCUACCAUGGGAGUUGUUUGCAGAAUACCUUGAUGGACUAUCAGAGGAAACCUACAGGGGUGAGAACUAUAGUCUGUUAGGGCAGAACUGCAACAACUUCAGCAGCGAGGUGGCUCAGUUUCUCACCGGCGACAGCAUACCCAGUUUUGUUACGGACCUGCCGGGAGAGGUGCUACAGACGCCAUUUGGUGCUAUGAUCCAGCCAAUUAUUGACUCUCUGUCGCGACCACCACCCUCGGCUGCUGCUGCGCAGCAACCUGUGACGGCACCACCAGCAGUAGAUCCUGCCCAGGAAACCACACCAACAGCGCCAAUGGCAGAAGCAGUCCAUGAACAAUCACCUGACCAGGAAGUGAGUGAGAUCUCUGCUGCUGUUGCCGCAGCGACGACGAAUGAGCCAGAGGCUGAACAGAUAGGCAGCCAAGAAGAAUUUUAUGAGCCAGAGAGCAGGGGUGCCGCGGAGGCAGCAGGCGCGGCAGCGACAUCGCCGCCACAAGCUCCCGCCCCAGCGCCAGCCCCAGCUGCUGCUGCGGCGGCCGCACCGAAAGAGAAGCGGACAGCGCCGCCCCCUGGCGGUAGAGCGUCUCCCAUCGGACCCCUCCCCGUCGAUGCUCAAUACGAACCACUGUAUGGCGAGGCAGAGUACUACACCGACGUUAAUGUAAGAUUCUGCACGCUGACCUGCCGCCGGUCAUCCUGUGUGAAUUGCUGCAGCUGCUGCAGCCCGCCUGCAUGAACCUCGACAUUGUGCUCAUGCUGAAGGGCGACAAGAACAAGUCUUUCAUGUGCAAGCUCAAUGAAUUUGAGAAGCUGGACAAGGAGGUGCAGACGGAGUUUCUUAAGCUGAUGUCUAACCUCUGCAACUGUAAGUCCGGAGUGAACUGGCUGCUGUCGAUCAUCGACUGGGAGAUGGGAACUCGACAGACCACCAACAGUCAGGUCACCAUCCGCGCCACCGUCACCGGGCUGCUGUCGGGAUACGAACCUCUGGUUGAGGCUGCCAGCAACUUGGUGCUUCACAUUGCGAGAUUCCAGAUGUCCUACUAUGAAGACAUAGUGGUAGAGAUGUCGUUUGCUUUACUUCAGUGCCUAAACUCUGAACUUCCGGAGAAAACUGCGUUCCUCUGCCUGAGUGCUAUGAUUGGGUUCUUCCACAUGAGCAGGGAGAUGCCAGGUAUCGUCAUGUCUGUUGGCGUGAACCUAAAACCGCACAUAAACAAGUCAGAUCGGUGUGCCGCCCUCGUCGCGAAGAUUGAAGCAAGUCUCCUACAGUUCUGAGCACGCUUGCCUUGACAAUUCUAGGUAACAUUGUACUAUUCUUCUGUCUCUCGCCAUUUUGCCAAUAUAAGCCCGAAACUCGCAAACUAUACAUAUCCCUUAUUCAACCAGAUUGCCGUGUAUUCUACAGAUUCUGCAGCUGUCCCUGAUGCUUCAGGGCAUCAUGUAAUAAGAUCGGCGAACAUGUAAUGUAACAUAACCGAUAAGUAUCGUCGAUUAUAUUCGCUCGCUGUUACUUCGUACUCUCUCUACUCGUACUAGUUAGUUCGUAUACUUCUCUUUGCUUUGCGCACAGUCAGCCUUCGGUGAUCAGUAACAUGGUGUGCCGAUAACAGUUGCAAUAGUGUAGCGCGCCAGUAUGCGCAACCGUGUGUUGUGUGGACAGAAUGGGAUGGAGACCGGUCCCGUGUCUGUGCAAGUAUACAUGCAGUACCCAUCGUUUCAUUCUUGUGCCAUUGCCGGUCGGAUGUCACUGUACAGGAGUGUUGUUAUAGUCGACUGCGCUCUACUCGAUCUCGGGCUUUUUAUAAAAUGACGCGUAACUCGAAGUGCCUCCGUAAAUGCUAGUCAUGCGAACUGAGAAAGUACGUGUAUUUGUGCGUGCGUGUGUGUGUGUGUGUGCCAAAUUAUGGAUUCAGGUUGUUAGGUUGCUGACGUGCAAUAUUAAGCAGGACCGUGGCCUGCGUAAAUUUCUAGGGGAGGGAGGCAAAAUUUCCUGAUGCAGCCGAGUGAUGAUGAGGGAGGGGCGCAGCUCCCAGUCAACUGGCAUAGUGCGGUGGGUGUGGGCCAGAGAGGAGGGUUUCACGUACGUCUACAUGUAUUUUUAGGUGACAUUUACAUUCACAAUUUCAUUUUAGUUUUCCGCAAAAUCUAGAGGGGGUGCAGCUGCCUCCUCCCCCGGGCUACGGCCCUGCAAAGGGGGGUCGUAUAGUCCUGUGCAGGCAGAUACGUACGUACCUGUAAACAUGUCUGAUCUCGUGCACACAGGUGAUGUGUGCAAUGUAGAACUAUGUAAUUAGUCAUCAUGGAAUAGACUGAAAACCGUGGGUUUCUACCAACAGAGUAACUAAACAGUGGAUGAUUGAAUUAUAAAAUUGUUCAUCUACACGCUGAUAUUUAAAAUCAGUUUUUUUUAGCCAGAAUCUAUUAAUUUACCUGUACUAGCAAUGUAACUAGCAAGCAUACACGUGAGAUGGAGUUUGGUUGUCUAUUUGCCACAGGUGGACACAUUUUAAAAAUGUUUUGCAACACGUGUUGCAAUGUUUGUAUUUAUUUUGACACGUAAACAUGGUGAAAUUACCCAAAAAUCAAAUUGACAAGUUUUAGAACUAUUUUUGUUAGCAGUAUUGUGAGAAUUGAUUUUUUUAUCUGUCAUUUUUUAGUGAAUGGAUUGUUGUCAGUAGCUAUAAUGACAUAGACGUUAGGUGCAACAAAGUAAGCUUAGGAAUUUGUAGUCCUUAUAAUUAUUUAUUACCAUAUUUAAUGUAGCAAGUAUUUAUUGUUUGCAUGUCUAAAUCAGUUCUACCUAUACAUGUCUAAUGCCUACUUAACAUAGAAACCUUUGCCAUUUACUCAGGCAAAUCCUUGUUAGCGAUGUGAAUAAUUCAAGGUAUCCCCCAUAGCGUCAAAAACGUUAAUCAUAUCAUUGAAAAAUUGUUGCUAUUUUAUUAAGGUCGUUACUUAUGUAGGAGAGUAUCACGGGGAGAUGUUUUUUAGCUUGAAGGUUUGUUAGUUUGGAUGCACGGCAAACUGUAAUAUAGGAAGAACCGUACUUAAAGGUAGUGAAUGAAUAAUUGAAUGAGAGAGCUGUGCCGGAUACGUCUUCUCUGUGUGCUCGUGCGCAACCCUGUGAGACAAAUAUCUUUCCUUGAAUGAUCGGUGCUUCUCUCGUUACUGAAAUGAAUGUGUAAUACCAAACGAAAUGCAAAUAAACUAUUAAUGUACAAAAGAAAACGUGCAUUCUUAUA